UGCAUAGAUUUCGUCGGACUUUCAAAUCAAUUUGGAGCUCUAAAACUUGUUGGAGAUGCGUCAUUUUUAGUGAAUUCACCAAAAACUUCGAAAAGGAAGUUGAUGAACCUAUGCGGCGGAGGCAUUGUGGAUCUCCACGUCGAUUGUGGAUUCAACUACAAAUAUUUCCCGAUUGACAGCGUCUUAAGGUUUAACCUGGUGGAGGAUCUCAUUCUCUGGAGACAAGGAUAUAGUUCACACUUGGAAGAAAGCUUAACAAAAGUGUUGAAGCCAGAGGAUAUGAUUCAUAUCGACACCAUGAUCACCAGCAUUUUGUGUUGUUUGUUUUCGAAAAGUUUCGCGAUUCUGGAACAGUUUCGCAAUUUCGAAGAAACGUUUGAAAAGUCCGCCAUCAUUUCGACGAUUUUAAGAACUGUAGCGAGAAAGCACGGCCCCUAUUUGGACGUCAUUUCGUGUACAUCGCUCAUGAAAAACUGGUUUUACCCUAAAAACAGUUACAUGUGA